AAACGGAAGGAGGGAAGUGAGGGAACCGGCUGACCGCCUUACCGCGACGCCGUCCUACACUUCCACAUUCACUUCAGUCUUCAGUCUUUCAAUGUAUGAGAUUGUGAUGAGAUACCUAAGAAAUCCAAUUUUCCACACUCCUGUGCAAGCCCACUCUUCAAUCCGUUACUAGAUUUUGUGAGUAACACACAAUGGGUCUGAGCAAAUCUGAAGUGAAUUUGAGAAGGUUACUUGAAACUGCACCACAACAGCAAAAUCAAGCAAAGCUCAUACAUUAUGUUGCCACAUUGCGGGAACUGUUGGAGCAGUUGGCCGAGGAGAGGAGUCCAGAAGGACUGCCUAGGGUCUCCAAAGCUAAGUUGACUGAAUAUUCUGAACAAAUCGAAGCUAUUGUGGCUAAAGUGGCUGUACCUGCGGAGUCUCAAGAGCCUACGGUUGACACGUGUGAUGUUGAAAUUCAUAAACCGGAGGGGGAAAGUGUUCAAUCUCCUACAGGCGGACUGAGAAGAAGAUUUGUGCCUCCGUCGAAUGCUAUGGAUACAUCUGUAGACAAGGUGUGUUCCGGCCCAUCUUCUCCUGUCAAACUUGAUGAUGCUGCAUUGAGACACAUCGAUAAGCAUAGGAAACUUCAGGAGAGCAUGACGGAUGAAUUGGUUGUCUUGGCACGACAACUGAAAGAGAGUAGUCUCAUGAUGAACCAAUCCAUAAAAAACACAGAAAAGAUACUCGACUCAACUGAGAAAGCGGUGGAGCACAGCUUGGCGAGCACUGGGAGCGCCAAUACUCGUGCCAUGAAAGUGUAUUCGCAGAGCUUCAAGACAGCUUGUUUCACAUGGCUUAUGAUCUUUGUCAUGACGUGCAUCUUUGUCAUGGUCGUGCUUCUCAUACGCAUCACCUAGCUGUCAACCCUUCAGGUUCAACUCUGUUUUCCGACUUCAGCAAGCUUCUAAAAAUAU